AUGAAGAUUCAUUUACAACAUACGAUUGUAUUUGUUAUGUUUGUUUGUCUGCUUCUUUUUUGGUAUAACAUACACUCAAAUUCCUCGGAUGUUAAAAGCAACAACGCUCACCCUUCGCCAUUGCCCAGAGCGAACCUGGAUGACCAACAAAUUGUCGAAGUAUUCGAUACAAUUGCCACAUACGAAGGCGGCAAAGCAGUAACUGUCAACAUCAACUAUAACGGAAAAUACAAACUGUUCGGCGAAAGUUUCGCGUUUGAUUAUUACGUAAAAAAUGAAUCGUUUGAUGUAGCCAAGAGAGUGAAGGCGGUGAUGAAGGGUAGUGAAAAUAAACACGCACAAAAAUGGACUCGCUAUCUCAAAGUCCACAUCUACGGAGAAGAAUUAUCCAAGCAAAUGCGAAUCUUUUUCGGAAUGGUGAAUUUUCCAGGACUUGAGAACUUUAAACUCGUCGCUCCGCAUUUCAAGGGCAGGUCAGCAGUAAGCAAUGGUCCGGACACGUUCGAGUCAAUCUACAACAUUCACGAUCUAAACAAAGCAUUUGUUCGAAAUAAUUUACCGCCUGUGGUAUUAGACGAUGAAUACGACAAGUCGUGUGAAAAUGAAAAAGAAAUUUAUGUUCUGAUCGUCAUCGAUCAGAAUGCCGGGCCAAGAUUAUUCGGCUACACGAAGUCAAUCGCUGAUCGUCUAUAUAGUAAGAAUAGCAAAGGUUGGAUUGACUGCAGUGAGAACAAGAAAAUUCUUGAACGCUUUUCUGUGAACCUCGAGCAGCGUAAGAUGAUAUGCAUUACAGGUAAGUUUAAUGUAUCGACAAUAAGAAACACAUUACUUAAAAAUGCGAAGUGUAUCGAAAUCGGCUAUUACGGUGACCAUGGCCUUUCCAAACUGAGGAAAUCUGGCGGUCUAAGUCCUGACGAGCUCUUUCUUUAUGCUCUCAACCCAAGUGAUAUAAUCUUAAAAGAGGUGGACAAAUUUACCAAAAUGUUUCUUCAAAGACCGUAUGUUGCCAUACAUAUGCGAACCGGCCAUAUAAGAGCACUUCCAUCCACCGUAAAUCGCUGUUUUCAACUGGCGAUGAAAAUCGUCGACGCAUUGAAAAAGAAGAGAGAUGUAAAGUCGACAUACUUGUCUACAGACAUGACCAAGUACGGCAGUGGUGGCGCAGCUGACCCAGGUCACGAGGAAUACUUGGCUCAGAUAAGUGGUGCAGUUCUGUAUUCACCCAAAGCAACAGGUAAAGUUGACGCAAUCUCUCCAAGCAGCAUAUCAAUCACUAAUGUCAUGUUAAUGCGCAAAAGCGACUUUCUUAUUGCCAUCGGCGCAGGAGGUUUCCACAGCUUUGUCCUGUCUCAAUUCAUUCGGGAACAUUUCGAAAAAGAUCCCAAGAUUUGGUCCGCCAUUAGGAUGUGUGAAAAUGCAAGGAAUCGGGAGAAGCUAAAGAAGGACGUAGAUUAUUCAAAAUACCUAAAAGAUUGAAGUGCCAUGCAGGGAAUUUUGUUUCAAAUGAAGACAUACAACCGAUAAUUUUUUAUCAUAUCGAAUUUUUGAACAAUAGCGUGGUGCUUGGCUGAAUGUCUUGUCGACCUUGAUUAUUUUAAAUCUAAAAUUUACAUUUUAGACAUUUUUGUUAUAUUGUAAGAUAAUAAAGAAAUAUUUGCAAG